AGUGUUUGUCCACGUGUGGAGAGCAUUCCCUUCACUCUCUCUGCCUUUCCUCCUCCCUCCUUCCCUCCGUCUCCCCCUUCAACACUCCGUCGCCGCUCUGUCACUUCAAGCCCAGCCCCGGAGUGGGAGCCAAUAGCAGCUUUGCCUUAGCCAUCCGUCUCUCUCUCUUCUCUCUCCCUCCCUCUCUCUCUCUCAGUCUCAAAGCCACACUAAAGAAGAAGAGGGGAGAGAAAAGGGAGAAGAGAGGGAGGGAGCUUGAGUAGCAUCCCAAUCUCUCUCUCUCUCUCUCUCUCUCUCUCUCUCUUGCUUGCCUCCGUCCGCCUGGAUGUGGCUCUCGCGCGCCUCGGUCUCACUCUCUUCCUCUCCUCUGUCCCGCUCUGUCUCUCCCUUUCUUUUCCCUUUUCUUCCUCUCUUUCUCCCCCUUUCCUUUCUUGCCUUCUCCUCCUCUUUUUUCUCUCUCCCUCUUCCUCUUCUCAGUGUGAACUUCAAAGUCGCUUUCUCCCCCCAACUGGGAAUGCUUAAGCAGAACUGAUGGACAUUUCCGAACUUUGCAUCUCCGACCCUCUCAGCUACCACAACCAUGUGAAAGGGAAUGGAUUGAGAAUAGAGAGAGGCGGCGUAUCUUGUCCGAUUCUGCACUGCCGGCUGUUAGGCAGAAUGUCCACGGAUGAGCGGCACCUCACCUCCAGCUGUGGGUCCUUCAUCAAGACUGAGCCGUCCAGCCCAUCCUCAGGCAUUGAUGCCAUCAGCCACCACAGUCCCAGCGGUUCAUCUGAUGCCAGUGGUGGUUACGGCCUCACUAUGGGUGGCCAUCCCAAUGGCCUGGACUCACCGCCCAUGUUCAACAGUGCGGGGAUUGGGGGUGGGCCCUGCCGCAAACGGUAUGAUGACUGUGCCAGCGCCAUCAUGGAAGAUUCACCCACCAAGUGCGAGUAUAUGCUCAAUGCCAUUCCCAAGAGGCUGUGCCUAGUGUGCGGGGACAUUGCAUCAGGAUACCACUAUGGAGUGGCCUCCUGCGAAGCAUGCAAAGCCUUCUUCAAGAGAACAAUUCAAGGGAACAUUGAAUACAGCUGCCCAGCUACGAAUGAGUGUGAAAUCACAAAACGGAGGCGCAAAUCCUGUCAGGCAUGUCGCUUUAUGAAAUGCCUCAAAGUGGGGAUGCUGAAAGAAGGAGUGCGUUUGGAUCGAGUUCGUGGAGGCCGCCAAAAGUACAAAAGAAGACUGGACUCUGAGAACAGCACUUAUCUGAGCUUACAAAUCCCCCCUCCAGCCAAAAAGCCAUUGACUAAGAUUGUCUCGCACUUACUGGUGGCAGAGCCAGAGAAGAUUUAUGCCAUGCCUGACCCUACCAUGCCGGAGAGUGACAUCAAAGCACUGACCACACUUUGUGACUUGGCAGAUAGAGAGCUGGUGGUGAUUAUUGGCUGGGCAAAGCACAUCCCAGGCUUCUCUAAUCUUUCCUUGGGGGACCAGAUGAGCUUAUUGCAGAGUGCCUGGAUGGAGAUACUAAUUUUGGGUAUUGUAUACCGUUCAUUACCCUACGAGGAUAAAUUGGUCUAUGCUGAAGACUACAUCAUGGAUGAAGAACACUCACGUUUGACAGGGCUGCUGGAGCUCUACCUGGCCAUCCUGCAGCUGGUCCGCAGGUACAAGAAGCUCAAACUGGAGAAGGAGGAGUUUGUCACACUCAAAGCCCUUGCUCUUGCUAAUUCAGAUUCAAUGCACAUAGAGGACAUGGAGGCUGUGCAGAAACUCCAAGACCUUCUCCAUGAAGCCCUUCAGGACUACGAGCUGAGUCAACGUCACGAGGAGCCACGGCGUGCAGGAAAGCUGCUGCUGACCCUGCCUCUCCUGCGGCAAACAGCUGCCAAGGCUGUGCAACACUUCUACAGCAUUAAACUGCAGGGCAAAGUCCCGAUGCACAAACUCUUCCUAGAGAUGCUGGAGGCCAAGGUCUGACAGGCCCAUGGUGCUUGGAAAGCAAACUGGGAACAGAGACUGGGCUGUGGAACAAACCAAACUGAGCUGGCUGGCAGCUGGCCUUUAUCUCCAACCAUUUAUUAUGGGGGAAGAAUUAUUUAACGCCCACCUGGCUACUCGCCAACCCUUUACAUCCACCUGAAAAUUAUUGUGUACAGAGAGGGAAACUCUUUUAAUCAACAUCAGUCUCUUUUUGAGGGUUGUUUUGCUUUUGGGGGUGGUUUUCUUUUCUUGCACUUGCAGAGGAAGCCAAGGGAAAAAUUGGGAGUCCCUGAGCAGUGAUGCUCUUUGCACUAGCCAGGGAAGCUGAUGCUUUUCUCUGUCCGCCUUCUAGAGAAGGGAUGAGGGGACCUUAAGCAGGGAAUGCUUGAAAAACAAGAGGCUAUAACCUUCAUGAGAGGAGAUGCCAUCUGUGAGUCUGCAGCUUGACACACAUAUACACCGGGUUUUUCUCUCCAAAUCACACGCCCAAGGGACGGUGCUUGUUUGGAGAGGAGCACCAUGAGAUCUCUAAAACGUCUGUAUCUUAUGCUCAAACUACUUGCAACAUAUGUACAUACCAACCCUACUGUUUCAUAAUGGGAAAGACAGACCUGACUAUGUAAGAUAUUCUGUUACCAUGAACAGUGUCCUUGCACCUCUCUUUGCCCCCUCCCUGUGCAAUCAUAACAUUCCCAGCAGUGGUCCCUAUAGCAGCUGGAGACAUGUCCACAAGAAGAAAAAGUCUCCUGUGUAUGGAGCACACAGAAAGGAAGAGCCUGACACCUUUUGGUUCCAAGACUCUACUUCAGUCCUCUCCCAUCUUUGCACCCUCAGGCAUAGUCCUCAGAUCCACCAGAUGAAAAUGAUUAAAUUUGUAAUCCAAUGCAUCUGAAGAGUGCUAAUCUGGAGAAGGUUGCUGUGUUCACCCAGUUAUCCCUUUCUCUUACCAUAUGUGGUGCUACUUUAAAACCCUCUACCUCUUUUCUUCCUCUUCCAUUUGGCACAUGUCCUGGUCUGCUGGAAUCCUUCCAGAAUGAACAGGCCCAAAUUAAAAGCACUCCUAAGUCGCUCAUUUCCCAAAAGAGAUUUGUACCAUAUUAACCUAAUUCCUACAGGGCAGAGAUUUGAUCCUUGCUCCCUGGAUACCUCCUCUUUCUGCCUCACCUGUUUCUCUAGGUCAUUUGUUUGAAAAUACACCAGGUUAGUGGGACCAGAUUGAAGAAAACUUUGCAUUGAGAGUAGGAGUGGAAAUAAUGGAAAUAGUCACAAACUGGUGGAAAAUGUGAUAGAGCUACAAAACCCUGAUGCGAGCAAUCCUAAAUAGGCAUGCAAAUUGCCGGGGGAAUGACACUAAGUUUUUGCCAGAGCUCAAGACUUAUCCCUUCAUUUUGAAACUAGGCUAAGAACUGCACAAAAUUAAAUCAAAAGUAUCUGGCUGGUCAUCCCUGCUUUAGGAAAAAGGCAGGAACAAAGCUCAAAUUGGAACCAGAGCUGUUAGGAAAUUAUGAGAAGAUAGUACCUCAGAAAACAAAGUGCUUUCCCCUCAACUCAAUGAUAGGGAAGUGCUUCCAUGUCCAUUUGGCCCCUGUUUAUAUUUUAAAAAAGGAAUUUAUCACUUUUCUUGACAUCACUUGCAUGUGCAGUUGGUCCUAGCGGACCAAUUUUUGAUAUUUCAGUGCAGUGGGGUGUGUCAAUAUAUUUUUGUGUGUUUUCAUAGUUCUUUUGGCAUUUGACAGUGAAUUCCACUGAAGCAGAGGUGUCAUUGGGCUAAGAUGACCAAACAAGUGAAUUUCACAUAAUAAUCACAUAAUCUGUGAAAACAGAACCAACCAAAGAAAUAAUGGUGAAUGGUAAAAAUCCAUUGGCAACUGGAUGCUGUAUGUUUGCCUCCCACCUUUUCCCCAGGCACAAGGAGAACAAGCGGAUUGGCCCUUUUUUUCUGAAGGGAUUCCACAUGUGUUUUCUUCCAAAAUCCAAUCCAAAAUACUAUUUUUGGAUGAGGGCUAGGGAGAAAGAAGUGGUAGCAUUACCCAACUCUGUGAAAUAGUCUUCUGUGGAUCUAAUAGGAGUGGCAAUAAACAUUACAGUUUUCCAUAGCCACUUAUUGCAUCUAGUAGCAGUUGUUUAGAGGCUGAGCAAUGCUUACAUAGAAUAUAAAUUUCCGUCACAAUUAUAUUCUCUUGUCAGUUUUGUUUUGGAAUAACUACUGAUUGGGUUGGAUCGAUUGCUGCUUUAACCCAUUAUGAACCUGUAGAUGAAUGAUGAGUGAAGGGCUACACUUGAAAUUGUUCAUGUCCCACUGCUUUGCAACAAAGGGAGAGAGAAAUACAGAUAUUUUCCUUCAUAACUAUGAUGGGAUUUUUCCCCAGAUUAGCCCUUCCUGUUACAACUUUGUUCAUAUCCUACCAAAAUUCUCCAAAUCAUGAACCAUCUGAAGGAGAGGGACAAUAGCUCAGAGGAUCAAUUUUGCAUGCCAUAGUCCUGGUUUGACUUCCUGGUGUUUCUUUUUAAACCACUCAACUACCAUGUGAUGUAAACAUUUGAUACCUGAGAUCCAAAGGAGUCACUGCCAAAAUCGACAAUACUCAUCUAGAUAUAUGAAUCUGAUGGUAUAAUAAGAAGGGGUUUGGAAAAUCUGUCUUGUACCAGUUUAUACUUAAUUAGGUAACUUAUUCCGGCCCAAUUGUGACCCUCAAACCUGAUGGCAAUGCUUCUGUUGCUGGAAGAAUAGACAUCCUUUUCCCCAUACA